AAAGUGCUCUAAAAUUAUAAAGCUCUCCAAAAUCCUCAGCCAAGCGUCUCGAUGGUCUCGUACUCUUGUCACGUUCCUUCCUGACUGCCCCCACUUCUCCUCCGGCGGCGCGGCGGCGGGUUACCUCCCAACAGCCCGACCAUGGAAGCCGACAUCGCUUUCAGGUAUGAGAUCCCCCGGACCGCCCAGUUCCUCCGCGACGGCGCCUACACCAGGGUCGCGCUCCAGUUCCCCGACGAGAUGCUGAAGGAUGCUGCUGCGGUGGCGAGGGCGUUGCGGCGGGAGCUUGCCUCCGGCGGCGCCGACAGUGGGGUUAGGGUGUUCGUGAUGGCCGACACGGCGUACAACUCCUGCUGCGUGGACGAGGUGGGCGCGUCCCACAUCGAUGCGCAGUGCGUCGUCCACUACGGCCACGCCUGCAUGAGCCCAACAUCAAAUUUGCCAGCUUUCUUUGUAUUUGGGAAGGCACCGUUGGAUGUCCACGCAUGUGCCGGCACAUUGCUGGAGUGCUCAAGGAAAAGCAAUAAGCGCAUUCUGGUUUUAUAUGGACUAGAGUACGCAUAUGCAUUGGAUGACCUUAGACAGACUUUCAUGGAGUCAUGUAAAUCAAAUUCUGGCAAUCAUGAAGUCCAGUAUGCAGAAGUUCUAUGUUCAGUUAUGAGUCCAUCAUCAAGUACUACAGAAGAAAACAAAAUUCCUCAGUCGAGUGGCCCCUCUUGUAAUGGGGAUAUCUCCAGAAACAGCGAGUCGGCAACAUUCCUGAAUAAUCGUAAUGGCAUGGAAUGUUCCAGUUCCACACAAAAGUACAGCCUUGCUGGCAUGACAUGGAAUAUUUCAGUUGAGGAGAAAAUGGAGGACUAUUUCAUAUUUUGGAUUGGACAAGAUAGCUCAGCAUUUGCCAACAUAGUGCUUACCUUCAAUAAAUGUGAAAUAGUUAGAUAUGAUGCAAUAGAAAAUCAACUCACAGCGGACGUCUCUCAUCUGAUGAAAAUUCUUAGGCGAAGAUAUUACCUCGUGGAGAAGGCGAAGGAUGCAAAUAUUAUUGGCAUUUUGGUGGGAACUCUGGGUGUAGCUGGUUAUCUUCAUAUAAUCGAACAAAUGAAAGAUCUGAUCAAGGCCGCUGGAAAGAAAUCCUAUACAUUGGUCAUGGGUAGGCCUAAUUCUGCCAAGCUUGCGAAUUUUCCAGAGUGCGAAGUUUUUAUUUAUGUUUCUUGUGCCCAAACUGCUCUGCUGGAUAGCAAGGAUUUUUUAGCUCCAGUUAUUACACCUUUUGAAGCUGUACUAGCUUUUGGCAGGGGAAGAGAGUGGACCGGAGAGUAUCUUUUGGAUUUCAAGGAUUUGAUCACUUCAGAGAAACAAGAAGCUGCGAGCACAACAGGAGAAGCACGCUUUUCUUUUAUCAAAGGUGUCUAUGUGGAAGAUAAUUGCCCUCAAGGUACAUCAUACGCAGUUGGGUCUAUCCAUCUGUCACUGUCUGAACAAGUUCUGUCCUCUAAUAGUGCUAUGAAAAUGAGGAACAAUCGGAAACGUCGCUCGCUCUGGCUGAGGUAACUGAAAAGGCACUGAGCAUCCAAAACCAGCACAACGACGCUGUCCUUUACCAAGGAAGAGCAAUGUCCUCAAUCGACUACCUCAAGGCACGUUCCUACCGUGGUCUAACUGGAGAAUACGAAGGCCCAGUUCCUGAUUCAGUCUUGGUAGGCAGAAUGGGCAGGGCAGCUGGUUACAGUGACGAGAAAACUGAGAGCGCACAGUGAAGGUAGCAUUAUGCGAGUUGAUCAGUUGCUACAGGCUCCCCUUUUUUGGCGGUGAAAAACCAGGAGGGUGCACAAUGAUUCAAUCAUGCAGCCUGGAUGGUUUACCAACCUGUGUACUUUUGUUUAGGUGGGCUAACAGGUUUAUAGACAAUUGUCAACAUUUUUUUAUUGUUGAGAAUACCUGUUUCUAGUCCCAGGGAACAAUACUUUGGAUGCUGUUCAAUCAGGUGGCUUUUUUGCUAUUAGGAACUACUAGUGUGUGCCUAAUCAGUUUGUAUGCAAUAGUGAGAGCUAUCUCACUGAUGUGGGGAAGCCUUUUUUUUUCUUUCUAACAACUGUGGCAUGUGUUCAGAAGAUGAGAUGUACACUAUUCACAACAUGCACUGUACUCAUCCAUUAUGUUUGUACAAGACACCAAAUUUACUCUGCACAUUCUUAUUUAUUGGUACCGGUAGUA